CAGGAAAUUUAGUAAUGUAGGAAGCACAGCAAUUAUGCACAGCACAACUUCUAAAAGAUGCCUGGGCAUUUAUUUAUUUAUUUAUUUGCAGGAAAGUAUUAACAGAUAUUUUUUUUCUUCUGGAGAAGGAUUCUUCACCCAGUUUUUUGGUGGAAAAUAUUGGGGAGGGGCAGUUGGGAUGAUAAGUAUCUCUUUAUGAUAAUAAAAGAGUAGUAUAAGGUUAGAAGACGUUAGCUAGGAGAUCUUGUCUUGCUUAAGGAUAAGGUUAAGACAUCUUAACCUUUUUUGUUAGGAUGUGAUGGCUAUAUAGAGCAGCUGAGCAUGAGUGGCAAGUUCUAGCAGUUUAGCCUUUUCAAAUGUGAUGCAUUUCAGAUAUUUUGGGACUGCAGAUCCAGAAAUCCCUGCCAAGACCUCAGUUUGGGAAAGGCUAAAUUAAUUCAUGCCAUCCUUUUCCCUGUUGGCAAAGGAGACUGCUUUUGGAUUGCCAGCCAUAACUGGUAUUGUUUCAGCUUCACCUAAGCAAGCAGUCCCAGCUCUUGGGCUGCAAGUAAUAAUUGAGCAGGCAGAGAUAAAGCUUGGCAGUCCCAGUCAAGACUGGCUUCUUGUCAAAAGCCUUACCUGGGCACUGAAUGUGUUUCUCCCACGUGAUCUUGUUUAUAAGCCUUCUGGCAUGUAUGAUUUUGUUUUCGUUGCUCAAAAUUCCUUGGCAGUAAUACUUGCCUCCUGGCAAGUGGCCCGGUUCUGAAACCUUGAGUCUUUUUUUUUAAUCACUAGGUUCCCAAUUUAAUUGAUUUUUUGGGUGUGAUGGAUUUUUUCAAAGAAAUAAUUAUUUUGGCUUCCACCUGUUUUUCAGUGAAAUUUUGGCUGUCUGUUUCACUGCUAUAAGUUGUUUACUUCAUCCUUUUCCUUAUCCCACCCCACCCCCAUUUGCAGCUUAAGAUAUAGGUCAACAUCUGAAAGCAGAAAGAAUUGGAUUGUAAAAUAAAUACAGUAAUUUUGGUGAGAUAAUCCACGGUUUGCAGUUAGGAAAUAAACUUUCAUCCAGAUGUGUUUGGGAAGAAAAGUCUGCCAUACUUCACAUACACUGGACUGCUUUGUUUUCUUACUCCUAGUUUAUUUACAUGUACCCUGUUCUAAUCCAGUUUCUGCAAAUGCUAGAACAUGGACACUGUGUUCCUAUUCACUGUUCUGCCACAUCUUAUGUAAGUUGCUUGUCCAUAUUGUAAACUGAUUCACUAAUUGCUACCUUUUUUUGUAUAUGAUGAUUCAUACACAUAGUAUGGUAUGAGAGGCAUAUAGGAAAUAAAUAAAUAAAGAUUGUAUUUGCAGGUGAUGAGAGUUUAGUUCGUUCAGGUUCAAGGAUUUCAUGUUAGGAAAAAUCGUUGUAUGAUUUUAAAAUUUAGAAAAAAUUCAUAGACCUAAGCAAUAAUUUUUCAUCCUCUGCUACCAUUUAUCAGAUAUAUAUUGAUGGUCGUGCUCAUUUGGUUCUAUGAGGAAGUUAUUUGGUCAAUACAGCUUCAGGUUCAAAAGGUUGUUUUUAUUAUUUACAAAUAUAUACAUGCAUACGAUAAUGAACAGGGUGUCCUGUUACAUUUUUUACCCUAACUGUAUGACUCGGAUGUUGAGAGGAGAGAGAAGUCCACGUGUUGUCUCGCUGAGAGAUAGAUGAGAGAGAGAGAAAAAAAGGGGAAGAUGUCCAAGUGGUUUCUAGGUGGUGUGAUCAGUUACAUUGGUUCAAAUGGAUCUUCCCCAAGCCGCACCAGUCCCAUCUCUUUGUGUGGCAGUGACAGCUUGAAUGGCAGCUGCCAACUGUUUUCCCAUCCAACUUUUCCCAACUACUUCCCACCUUCACCCACUGGAUCUCUGGUGCAGGAUUCUGGACGCCUCUACGGGGGUAGUUCGGCUGGACUUGGUGAUGAUGCCUCCCCAUCGUCAUCGUCGUCGUCGUCCUCCUCUUCCUACAGCUCUGGAGGUUCUCCAGUGGGACUCCAAGUGACCUUGGAUGAUGGGAGGCGUGUCUCCCCUAUCAAAAGCACCAGCAGCAGCAUCACGAAACUCAAUGGGAUGGUCCUUCUGUGUAAAGUUUGUGGUGAUGUUGCUUCCGGCUUCCAUUAUGGUGUCCAUGCCUGUGAAGGCUGCAAGGGUUUCUUUCGACGCAGCAUUCAGCAGAACAUCCAAUACAAAAAGUGCCUGAAAAAUGAGACCUGCAGCAUUGUCCGUAUCAACCGGAAUCGUUGCCAGCAGUGUCGCUUUAAGAAGUGUCUGAGGGUUGGCAUGUCUCGUGAUGCCGUACGAUUUGGGCGCAUCCCCAAGCGUGAGAAGCAAAGGAUGUUGGCUGAGAUGCAGAGCGCAAUGAACAACAUGGCUAAUAAUCAACUGAGUGCACAGUGCCUCCCUGAGAAUCUGCCCACAGGACAUCUGCAGUCCAGUACCCUCUCGCUGGGCCACCAGUCUCAACUGGCACCUUCUUCACCACCAUCCCGUGCAGCCUCCCCACCCCCGAUUUCUCCUUGCUACUCCCAGUUUUCUCAGCAGCUGACACCUCCACGAUCCCCAAGCCCUGGAGAUGUCAUGGAGGAUGUCAUCACACAAGUGGCUAAAGCCCACAAAGAAAUUUUUGUUUAUGCCCAUGACAAACUGGCCACAGGGCCCCAACCACCCACAGGGAGUAACAGUUCUCCUAGUUGGGACAACAACUGGUUGACUAAUGGCCACCACACCAAUGGGCUGCAUCUUCAGAAUGACAACUGGAACACUGGCUCUGCCUCUAGACCUGCUUGCCACCAGAAUACCAAUGGACAUAGGUUUUGUCCCUCUGGGGAAGCAGACCUUCCCCUUAGGCAAGGCAAAACCAGAGUCUUGGCUUGCCCAGUGAAUUGCCAUCCUCAUGGUUAUAGUGGCCGCACAUUUCAGGAGAUUUGGGAGGAUUUCUCACUGAGCUUUGUGUCAGCUGUACGAGAAGUUGUGGAAUUUGCUAAACACAUUCCGGGAUUUCAGGAGCUGUCACAACAUGACCAAGUCUCACUACUCAAAGCUGGCACAUUUGAGGUGCUGAUGGUUCGGUUUGCCUCCCUUUUCAAUGUCAAGGAGCAGACUGUAACAUUCAUGAGCCGCACAAAGUACAACCUUGAAGAGUUGUGGGGGAUGGGCAUGGAUGACUUGUUAACAUCCAUGUUUGAGUUCAGUGAGAAGCUUAGUGCCUUGCAACUAUCUGAAGAAGAACUGGGCCUCUUCACAGCAGUGGUGCUGAUCUCUGCUGAUCGCUCAGGCAUUGAGAACCCAGCAUCAGUGGAGCAGCUGCAGGAAACUCUGAUCCGGGCGCUGCGAGCCCUCAUCCUCAAGAAUCACCCCCAGGAGACAUCCCGCUUUACUAAACUGCUCUUGAAACUGCCUGAUCUGCGCACUCUCAACAUGCACUCCGAAAAGCUUCUCUCCUUCCGCAUUGAUGCUCAGUAGAAGAUAGCGUGGGCAGAAAUACCGCGAGUCCAGGCUCCUGACCAAUUCUCCCUGCUUUAUUGCACUAACCAGACUAUUUUGGGCCUGGACCUGGCUAUCUAUUUAUGUGGGUGUUGCAGCGGCUACUCCUGCCUGCUCAGAAACAAACAGCACAACCGCCUUUGUAAAUAUAUCCUUGUAUAUUGGAACUGUGUGAAGAGAAUACUCUUCCUGGCUGUGGUGCCAACUUCAGGAGAAAAAUACAAUGAAAUCAAACUG